CUCUCGUGGAACUGAGAAAGGGAGUUUGUCUGAAGGAGACUCAGGGGAGAGAGAGUUCUCUGUGCGGAGGCUGCAAGUUUUACCUCAUGGGGAGGGCGGGGGUGGCAGGCAAUGCAUUUCGGGAAAAUAGGGCCUGUGGGUGACAUAAUCUGAAGGGAAGGAGCCGCCCUUCUUCCCCCCUCAAAACCCACCGAGCUUUACUUUCUGUGAACCUCAGAACUCUCCUUUCUUGGAAAACCCAACGAAUUGAAGUAAAUUCAACUGGAAGGCAACAACUGUUUCCUUCUCUGUCUUCCUAGGUUUAUUUUACAUUUUGAUAAAUGGAAAUAAUGUGAGAGAUGCUCACUUAAAGGAAAAGGAGCAAAGCUAGAAAUUAUCACCUUGAGAUAUCACGAUUCAAUUCUAAUUUGUGGGAAAAGGUGCCUUUGAACUGCCUCCACGAACUUCUGGGUUGCUAAAGCGGCUUAAUCUCUUCCCUUUGCCUUCACCAUGUUGCCCAGGAAAGUGGUCGGCCUGUUUUGGGCCAGUCCUGGUUGCUUGGCCUCUCUCCCUGGAAGGGGAGCAGGCCCAAGCCCUUGCCCGCAGCCUCUGGGCCAAUGCCUGCACACCUCCUGCCCACGUAGGACCACGAUGCCCUCCUGGGUGAUCGACCGGUACGGGAAGAAUGAUGCCCUCCGCUUCACCAGCAACAUGAUGUUCCCCAUCAUACACUUCCCGAACGAAGUUAUUAUUAAAGUCCACGCAGCGAGCUUAAACCCUAUAGACCUUAGCAUGAGAAGUGGUUAUGGAGCUGCUGCUUUAAGGCUGAAGCGAGAUCCAUUGCGGAUCAAAACAACAGGCAGUGAAUUUCCUUUAACACUUGGCCGCGAUGUUUCAGGGGUUGUGAUGGAAUGUGGAUUAAAUGUGUCCUAUUUCAAACCUGGAGAUGAGGUCUGGGCAGCAAUUCCACCCUGGAAGCAAGGGACUUUAUCAGAGUUUGUUGUAGCAAGUGGAAAUGAGGUAUCUAGAAAACCAAGAUGUCUCAGUCAUGUUCAGGCAGCUUCCCUGCCUUAUGUAGGUUUAACUGCAUGGUCUGCCGUGAACCAAGCUGGAAGACUAAAUAAGGAUAAUUGCAGCAAUAAAAGAGUAUUAAUCUUUGGUGCCUCUGGUGGAGUAGGAACUUUUGCUAUACAGUUAGUGAAAGCCUGGGAUGCUCAUGUGACAGCCGUUUGUUCUGAGGAUGCAAGUGAAUUGGUGAAACGCCUUGGAGCUGAUGAAGUGAUUGAUUAUAAAUCUGGGAAUAUGGAAAAGGAGUUGAAAAUGUUACCAGCGUUUGAUUUCAUCCUAGAUAAUAUUGGUGGAUCCACCGAAAAGUGGGCUCCUGAUCUCCUUAAGAAGUGGUCAGGGGCCACGUAUGUCUCUUUGGUAACACCCUUCCUCGUGAACGUGGAUAGACUUGGGGUAGCUGAUGGCAUGCUACAGACUGGAGUGACCUUUGGUGGGAAAACUAUAAAGCAUCUUUGUAAAGGAGUCCAUUACCGGUGGGCAUUUUUCACACCAAGUGGUCCUUAUCUGGAUGAAAUUGCUGAUCUUGUUAAUAUAGGAAAGAUACAUCCAGUUAUUGAUCAAGUUUUCUCAUUUUCUGAUGUUCCCAAGGCCUUCCAGAAGAUGGAAGAAGGGCAUGCACGAGGAAAAACAGUGAUCUGUGUAACUAAUAAAAAAUAAUUACCAGUUUGUA